UGAAGAUGUUUUAAAAAAUGCACGAUGUAUGAUGGAGGCAAUGAAAAAUUUCUUCGACGCAAAAUAAAGAAUGUUUUUAAUAUAAUAAAAUUAGAGUAAAAUGGAAAUAGAGUUUAAAGAGAGAAUGGCAUAUUAAAGAAACUGGUCAUGAUGCUUUCCUUUCUAUGUGACACCAGCAGAUAUUUCUCUAUUUUCACCGAUUGCACGGGCAGGAAGUUGUCGGUGCCAGCUUAUUACAUACCGUAAAGCAUAAUUGCUCACUUAACUAUUUUAAUGGCGCUGGUGUCCCGCGCCAUAACGCGUUAGAAGACAAAAGCGUUAAUUUCAACAAUUAAACAAAAUGCGACGUACGCUUGUGAAAAAAUGCAUCGCAUUGUAACAUUAACGUGAUUGCAAAAUGCUUUGAAAGAAUCUCGGCCGUAUUUGAAGAGGCCACUUUAUUCCCGAACGCAUCGUUUAGCUAAAUAAUAUGACUUUGUGAUGGCGAGUAAAAGCGAAUGGAAAUAAUGUCCAACUACUUGAAUUGAAAGUUUGCGUCGUUUAGUCUAUCCGAGAAUGAGGAGGAUAAAAAAGAAAUUUGAGCAGAUAAAUCUUUUCUUGUGUAUUUCCGGUCAGUGUCUCACAUGCACUGGUUUAAAGAUCCGUUUUACACUCGGCCCUCGCGGUCUUUAACACGGCGAAAGGGACUCGCGAGUGCAAGCGAGUGCAAGGGAGUGCAAGCGAAUGCGAACGAAGGUAAUGCCACGAGUGACGAGAGUGAAGAGGAACGCGAGUCCGAGAGAGAAGAGACGGAGGGAGUAUGGUAUACGACGAGGAGAGGAGCAAAAGGUGGGAGAGAGAGAGACGGAGCAACUCCGCGUCGGUCGGCAUCGGAGCUCAGUUAGCUCAGUAUGCCGCGCAGCGCGCAGGCUCGUGUACACGUAUUAUCCUUUUCUCUCUUUCUCCCACUCUCUCUUUCCUCCCGUUCUUACGCGCGCACCGCCGUUCGGUACGCACGCUCCGUAUUCCUUGCGUACGUACGUACGUAUAAUACGUAGCGACGGACGAACGUGCGUGCGUGCGCGCGCGUGCGGUACGCAAGUACAAAUAUUUCGCGGCAAGCUUCUUCGCUCGUAUGCGUUUCGCGCGCGCGCGCGCGCGCGGCCCACCUUUUCCUGCGCGUCUCCGCGCGAGCAGUGUCCGCGACGUCCGCGACGUCCGCGACUGUCCGCGAGUGCGUGACACGGGCACGUGUGUGUGUGUGUGUGUGUACGUGCACGUGAUUUCUUUUUUUUUGAAUGCAUGACUAGGCGCGCACAGCGGCGAACAGGUACGCGGAGGACACGUCGUGGUCCGUGGUCGGCCGUCGCCGCGUCGCGCCGCGCGCCUCGUCGACUAACGGAGCGCUCGCCGCUCGCCGCCCGCCGCCCGCCGCUCGCGAAGCGCGCAGAGUCCUCGCUCGAACGAGACAUUCGUCUUUGCUCGCGGAAAGAAGAGCGCAUCGUCGUCUGCGCGCCGACGACUCGCGUCUGACCCAUAUACACGCUGGCACGGUGACACACGGUAGGGCGCGAAAGUGAUCGAGCCGAUACGAAUGGGUGUCGCUCGCGGGAAAGAGCGGGAAAAUGGAGCGGUCUCGACGAGUGCACGUACUACGCGUAGUGGUGCGCGGCUCUCUGGGUGAAGCAGCGAGUACGUUGCGAAACUCCUUUCGGGCCUGACGGUGAGAGAUGUGGCACAAAAUGAAGCGAGCGUAUCCACGAACGAUCGAUAACUAUAGCGGCACUAUAGUCGACUCCUCGGUGAAUAGCUCGCUGCUACCAGCCAAUCCAACCUAACGGACAACGCGUGACCUCCAGGAGCGGCCGAGUAGGGUGGAUAGGUUUCAACGACCAUGUAGAGAGAAAGUUUUUCUCGCACCGUGGAGGAACAAUGGCGAUGCGAGUGGCAAGCUAUUUUCCAACCUCGCGAUGCGACAGUGAUCGACGAUCGAUUUAGCGCGCAUUGCGUUCCGGUAUCCUCCUUCCCCUUCUCCGGAACGUUCGGAGCGGAACGCCCGCCAAGAGAAUAAAAGUCGAGGAAGAGAAGAAGGUGGAAAGGAGGAGAAAGGAGAUAUAUAUAUAUAUUUUUAGCAGCGCCGCUUUGCACAUCGCAAAAACCGGUUUCACAGAGUCCACCGAGUCGCGACGGAGCACGAAGGAAACCGAUAGCUUACGCCAAGGGUUUUUCAGGGAGGAAGGAACACGCGUGUAUAAGAGAAAUAUUCGCUCGACACGACGUGACAGAUGUCGAAAUAGCUGCGACAAAAAUUGUAAUAAAGAGGAAGCGGUGACACGGAAGGUGCGGAAUUCGCUUAACUCGAUACGCGCGCAAUUUCUCUUGCACCCCGCCGCACCUUGUUCGCCCUCGACCCCUCCUCCCCUAUCCUCCCGCGCCCGUUACCAGUUGUAACCGGCUUAUCGAUUGCGUGCGUGCGUGCGUACGCGACAACGCGGUCGACACGAGAUUCGAUUAUCGACUCUAAUAACGACGACGAAGCUAGAGAAGCUACCUGAUUCGACAGACAGUCAAGACAUUUUGAUUAUCGAGAAUACGCACACCUAUCGUACUCUAGUCUGUAAUUUUUAAUGAAAAUGGAAAGGAAGAUGGACUGAAAAUAUUUUACUCGUCAGCGACGUAACGACCAAUCGCAGUGUAUACUACAUCGAUACCUUGGAGGUGAGAAUCUCUAUAAUUGACAUAAUGAGAAUACUUGGGUCUCUUCCGCGUUGAGAAUUGUCCUCGACAUUGGACGAAGAAUUGGAACGGCAUGAAGAAUGGCAACCAAUUCGAGUACUCGUCAGGGCGUGAGGGCGGUCGCCACGACGACUACCGAUCCGCAGCGGAGCGAGAAACGUGCCGUCGCGGCGCGGGGUGCCGCCGGCGCUCUGGCCCUGAGCGUCGUCGCUUUGGUCGUGCAAUCGGCGGCCACCGCGACUCCCACCUGGGGAUACUUUACCAAUCCUAACGCUGGCACUGCCACGGAGCAGGGUUACUUCGGACCAUGGAGACAAUGUAAACUCCUUCUUUAUGGACGUGAGUGGUGCAGCGUAAACGUCUCCAGGUUUCAACCAGUGUUGGCUGUGUGGGUAGCGGGAUUAGCUGCCGCUGCCGCCUCUGCCUUUUUGGCGAUUCUGGUCGCUUUGGCUGUGCUUCAAUUAGCGAUGGCCUCCUCCGCGAAACGGGUUGUUAUUUCGUACACUACUGCCCUAAUAGGCAAAGUCGCCCUCGCUACAUUGGCAACGGCAUUGUCGAUUGUAGCGGCCAGCCUCUUCGCUCUACAAACGGAUGAUCGAGCCAAUAGCUUUGUCAUCACAAGAGGAGAAGCUUUUUAUCUGCAGUUAGCUGCCAUUGCCUUGAACUUUGGCGUACUGGUCUCUGCCGUUUACGAGGGCAUUUACGCCCGAAGAGGCGGCGACCCGACCAAGAUUAGGGUCGUCACGGAUCCCCGUGCAGCUACUAUAAAUAAUCCAGGAUAUCGGGAAUAUCACCAACCCACAAACGGUGGUACGAUCUCGAUGACAGACGCCAGCGGCAAGCCGUAUGUCGGUGGAGCCGGAAACGGAUCGACGGCGUCGGUGGCGACUUCCGGUAGCGUGGCUAGUACAGCCUCGCCCCUUAGGAGCUCCCUGAAGAAGCCGAAACCUCUCGGCAUUCAUAAUCCUGGCUUCUCGACACACAGCCCGACCCUGUCGAGGAACGGCUCGCAGAAGAAAGUGCGUAUACAGACGCAUUCGACGGAAGUUUAGCCGACGCUCUCUUCUCGGCACGUUGUCAGCGUGAGAGUUUGCUACGUGCUUGUGACGACGCAGCACCGCGUCGUCAUUUAAGGCUGUUGCAAUAGGAAACGGAAUGGCGAUGACAAGACGUCUACUCCAAGUAGCUCCAUGUUCCAUUAACGGUAGGUGGUCUCCAAUAUUAACCAGCGUUGAUCUCACCGGCCGCGCCGCGAUCAAGUCCGUAUCGAACAAUCUUCGCUGCUUCACCACGGCCGAUGAUAUGGUAAUCACGCCAUCCGUACUUUCGAUGAUGAAACUUUCAAUAUGUUCCAAAGGCGCGAACCAAGUCGUUGGCGAGUUUGGCAUAAUGUUACGACAACAGAAUGUAAAUAAGCUUGUGUUACGAUCAAUAAUCGCCGGAACUCUCCGAAGCUACCUGAGUUGAAUAUCAAACGAUUAAUGCUGACUUGUUGAGUACUAGAAUCUUUCCAAUUUUUCUACAAUAUCUUUACACAACAUACAUUCGUAAGUGGACUAAUGGAGUACAAGUAAACUCUAAAGUAAAAAAGGGACAGAAUAGGAUGGACUAAAAUAGAUCAUAUGUUGAAGGAAAUAAACAAUUAUUCUGUUAUCAUUUCUAAUGACGUAGCAUUUUUAAUAGUUGAGAAAACUUUACAUAAAAGUACACACGCAUACUGAACGCACAUGAAUUUUACAAAAUGUCGAAUAAAAAAAGUCGACUUUAAUUUACAUGUCGAUAAAUGCCUGAAACAUCUAUCAUUACAAAAAUUGCUCGUAUACAUUUACAGUAAAUAAAAAAUCGGCUUUACUACGUGUUUCACAAAUUUUACAAAUAAUAUAUGUACAAUUACGAAAUAGAAAUCGACAAACAUAACGUGAUAGCGAAACUUGGUUAAUUUUGUGUUGAUUUGUUAAAUAAUUCUAUUCUAUCUUAAUCCAUCUUACUCUCUUGCCUUGUAUAAGUAAUUCUACAUGCCAAAAAGUAAAAUUGACAAUGAGCAAAAAAACCGUGGAUAACAAUCUUUAAAAAUUAUUUGUGAAAGUUUAUUUUUGCGAAUAAGCGUAUGAAAAUUCGUACUUGACGUACUGUCGAAUUACAAGUCUCAUCUUUAUUUUACACUCUUUUCUGUUUAUUGAGAAAUUUGUUAUUACUUAUCAAAAGAGAGUCUUUAAAUGCAAUUAAAUUUGCAACUUAUCUUAUUAUGAAAAUAUAUUAGAAAUUAUUUUACUUGUGAUAAAACAUGAUUAUUUCAGUUAUGUGGAAAGUUCUUUUAUUACCUAAUCGUCAAAAAUUCAAAAUGCAAUAAAGAACCAUUGCUUCAUUAUUUAGCACGAUUUCAAAUGUCAAAUUGUUUAAUUGUACAUUAAAAUGGUUAAAUUAAAUUAAAACUGUUUAAUAUCGGAUUUCUCCAUUCGUUAGAUAUAUACACAUAAAACCGAAAUAAUUGUUACAAAAUUAUGUUUUAAUUUGACCAUACUAGAUAUCGUACAUCUACCAUUGAAUUUCAUUAGUAAUUGCGAUAAUUCUCGAAAAUAUUUUCAUAUUUUCAAAAGUUCAAAGGACAGAGAUUGUUAGAUUGUGAAAGAAAUUGUUAAAAAUAUGUAUAAACUUUUACAUAAUGUAAGACAUACACGGCAAUGAACCGUUACCGAAUUUUAUAAUUGACUUGUUGAACAUUUUUUGACCUAAUAUAUGAAUAUUAAUGGUA